ACUGGGGGGCGGGACUUCUCGCUUUCCUCCCACUCAGCGGGCUCCCAGGGAAAAGCAACAGUGUCCUCCAGAGCCCGAGGCCGCAGCGGCCGAGCCAGGCGAAGGAACCGGUGUCCCCCUCUCCCCGCGCGAGGAGCUCUGGAGCCCCAGGACCAUGGACACUCUUAACAGGAACCAGGGAGGCCCUGGAUGCAAGACCCAAGCAAUGGUAAAGAAAGGGCCCUUGGACCUGAUUGAGACAGGCAAAGGGCUGAAAGUGCAAACGGACAAACCACAUCUGGUGAGCCUGGGCAGUGGGCGGCUCAGCACGGCUAUCACCCUUCUGCCUCUGGAGGAAGGGAAGACAGUGAUUGGCUCCGCGGCCAGGGACAUCUCACUGCAGGGUCCGGGCCUGGCUCCAGAGCACUGCUACAUCGAGAACGUGCGGGGCACCCUCACCCUCUACCCUUGUGGCAACGUCUGCAGUAUCGAUGGGCUCCCUGCCCGGCAGCCCACCCGGCUCACUCAGGGCUGUAUGUUGUGCCUGGGCCAGUCCACCUUCCUCCGCUUUAACCACCCAGCCGAAGCCAAGUGGAUGAAGAGCAUGAUUCCGGCCGGGGGCCGGGCCCCAGGGCCCCCCUACAGUCCUGGCUCAGCAGAGUCAGAAAGCCUGGUGAAUGGCAACCACAGCCCACAGCCGGCAACCCGGGGACCCUCCGCCUGUGCCAGCCACAGUUCCCUGGUGAGCUCUAUUGAGAAGGACCUGCAGGAAAUCAUGGAUUCACUGGUGCUAGAGGAGCCUGGAGCUGCAGGCAAGAAGCCUGCCGCGACUUCCCCACUGUCGCCCAUGGCUAAUGGGGGGCGCUACUUGCUGUCCCCCCCAACCAGCCCUGGCGCCAUGUCUGUGGGCUCCAGCUAUGAGAACACGUCUCCAGCCUUCUCUCCACUCUCCUCACCAGCUAGCAGCGGAAGCUGUGCCAGCCACUCACCCAGCGGGCAGGAGCCAGCGCCUUCCAUGCCCCCGCUGGUACCUGCCCGUUCUUCUAGCUACCAUCUGGCCCUGCAGCCCCCACAGUCCCGACCGAGCGGUGCCCGCGCCUCUGAGAGCCCCCGCUUGGGCAGGAAAGGGGGUCAUGAGAGGCCUCCCAGUCCUGGCCUCCGAGGCCUGCUGACAGACAGCCCUGCAGCCACUGUCUUGGCGGAGGCCCGCAGAGCCCCCGAGAGCCCCCGGCUGGGUGGACAGCUGCCCAUGGUGGCUAUCAGCCUGAGUGAGUACCCAGCUUCCGGGGCCCGAAGCCAACCCACCAGCAUUCCUGGUAGCCCCAAGUUCCAGCCUCCAGUCCCUGCUCCCCGAAACAAGAUUGGCACACUCCAGGACCGCCCUCCCAGCCCUUUCCGUGAGCUGCCGGGCACCGAGCGGCUGUUGACAACCAGCCCCUCACGCCAGCUGGUGGGCCGAACAUUUUCCGAUGGGCCAGCCGCCCGCACCCUGCAGCCUCCCGAGAGUCCCCGCCUGGGCCGGCGGGGCCUGGACAGUAUGCGAGAACUCCCUCCGCUGAGCCCAGCUCUGUCCCGACGGGCACUGUCCCCCAUGCCCACCAGGACUGCUCCAGAUCCCAAGCUCACCAGAGAAGUGGCAGAGAGUCCCCGGCCCCGGCGCUGGGCCGCCCAUGGGGCCUCACCAGAGGACUUCUCACUGACCCUGGGGGCUCGGGGCCGGAGGACACGGAGCCCCUCACCCACACUUGGGGAGUCCCUGGCACCCCGCAAGGGCAGCUUCAGCGGCAGGCUGAGCCCAGCCUACAGUCUGGGCUCUCUCACUGGGGCUUCGCCCCGCCAGAGCCCCCGCGCCCAGAGGAAGCUGUCCAGUGGGGACUUGCGGGUGCCUGUCACUCGGGAGCGGAAAAAUAGCAUCACAGAGAUCAGUGACAAUGAGGAUGACCUCCUGGAGUACCACCGGCGGCAGCGCCAAGAACGGCUCUGGGAGCAGGAGAUGGAGAGGCUGGAACGCCAGCGCCUGGAGACCAUUCUGAACCUGUGUGCUGAGUACAGCCGGGCCGACGGGGGGCCCGAGGCCGGGGAGCUGCCCAGCAUUGGGGAGGCCACCGCAGCCUUGGCACUGGCAGCCCGGAGGCCCUCACGGGGCCUUUCAGGCGCCACUGGGGCCUCUGGGCGGAGCGCUGAGGAGCCUGGAGGUGCCCCCCAGCGCCUGUGGGAGUGCGUGGACCGCUCCGACGAGGAGAACCUCAGGGAGGAGUGCAGCAGCACUGAGAGCACCCAGCAGGAGCAUGAAGAUGCACCUGGCGCCAAGCUCCAGGCCGAGGCACUGGCCCUGGAAGAGGAGCGGGCUCAGGUGCUGGGGCGCGUGGAGCAGCUCAAGGUCCGCGUGAAGGAGCUGGAACAGCAGCUGCAGGAGUCGGCCCGGGAGGCUGAAAUGGAGCGGGCGUUGCUGCAGGGGGAGAGGGAGGCAGAGCGGGUGCUACUGCAGAAGGAGCAGAAGGCAAUGGACCAGCUGCAGGAGAAGUUGGUGACCUUGGAGACCGGCAUCCAGAAGGAGAGGGACAAGGAGAGGGCGGAGCUGGCCACGGGACGGAGGCACCUGGAGGCCCGCCAGGCGCUCUACGCCGAGCUCCAGACGCAGCUCGAUAACUGCCCCGAGUCAGUGCGGGAACAGUUACAGGAGCAGCUGAGAAGGGAGGCCGAGGCCCUGGAGACGGAGACAAAGCUGUUUGAGGACUUGGAGUUCCAGCAGCUGGAGCGGGAGAGCCGCGUGGAGGAGGAGCGGGAGCUGACUGGCCAGGGGCUGCUCCGGAGCAAGGCCGAGCUGCUCCGCAGCAUCACCAAGAGGAAGGAGCGCCUGGCAAUCCUGGACAGCCAGGCAGGGCAGAUCCGGGCCCAGGCCGUGCAAGAGUCAGAGCGCCUGGCAAGGGACAAGAACGCUUCCCUGCAGCUGCUGCAGAAGGAGAAGGAGAGACUGACUGUGCUGGAGGGGAGAUACCACUCACUCACAGGAGGCCGGCCCUUCCCGAAGACCACAUCCACCCUCAGAGAGGUUUACCGCUCCAAGAUGGAUGGUGAGGCCACAAGCCCCCUGCCCCGGACCCGCAGUGGCCCCCUCCCCUCUUCCUCUGGCUCUUCUUCCUCUUCCUCCCAGCUCAGCGUGGCUACCCUGGGCCGGAGCCCCUCCCCAAAGAGUGCUCUACUCGCCCAGAACGGGACAGGUAGCCUCCCUCGCAACCUGGCGGCCACGCUGCAAGACAUCGAGACCAAGCGCCAGCUGGCCCUGCAGCAGAAGGGGCAGCAGGUGAUUGAGGAGCAGCGGCGGCGCCUGGCCGAGUUGAAGCAGAAGGCUGCCGCCGAGGCGCAGUGCCAGUGGGAUGCCCUGCACGGGGCGGCCCCCUUCCCGCCGGGCCCCUCCGGCUUCCCCCCGCUCAUGCACCACUCCAUCCUGCACCACCUGCCGGCCGGCCGGGAGCGCGGGGAGGACAGCGAGCAUGCCUACGACACGCUGAGCCUGGAGAGCUCGGACAGCAUGGAGACCAGCAUCUCCACAGGCGGCAACUCGGCCUGCUCGCCCGACAACAUGUCCAGCGCCAGCGGCCUGGACGUGGGCAAGAUCGAGGAGAUGGAGAAGAUGCUGAAAGAAGCGCACGCGGAGAAGAGCCGGCUCAUGGAGUCCAGGGAGCGGGAGAUGGAGCUCCGGCGGCAGGCCCUGGAGGAGGAGCGGAGGAGGCGUGAGCAGGUAGAGCGGAGGCUGCAGAGCGAGAGUGCCAGGAGGCAGCAGCUGGUGGAGAAGGAGGUCAAGAUGCGGGAGAAACAGUUUUCCCAGGCACGGCCUCUGACCCGCUACCUGCCAAUCCGGAAGGAGGACUUCGACCUGAAGACCCACAUUGAGUCGUCGGGCCACGGCGUCGAUACCUGCCUGCACGUGGUGCUCAGCAGCAAGGUCUGCCGCGGCUACUUGGUUAAGAUGGGCGGCAAGAUUAAAUCAUGGAAGAAGCGCUGGUUUGUCUUCGACCGGCUCAAGCGCACCCUUUCCUAUUACGUGGACAAGCAUGAGACGAAGCUGAAGGGGGUCAUCUACUUCCAGGCCAUCGAGGAAGUGUACUAUGACCACCUGCGCAGUGCAGCCAAGAGCCCGAACCCAGCCCUCACCUUCUGUGUGAAGACCCAUGACCGGCUGUACUACAUGGUGGCGCCGUCGGCAGAGGCCAUGCGCAUCUGGAUGGAUGUCAUCGUCACCGGAGCUGAGGGCUACACUCAGUUCAUGAACUGACCACACCAGUCAUGGCGUGGGCCUCUGGACCCUCAGGCCAGCCCACCUGCUGCACGGCUCGGCCCCUGGAGAAGAGCCGCAGCCUGGGCCCCAGGCCGCGCAGGAGUGCUCCCAAAGCCCUUGUACAAGCCUUGGUACUGUUCUAAGGAGUGGGUCCUGUGAAUGUCUGAGCUCAGGCCCCCUAAAGAACCAGCCAGCAGAUAAAAAGUGGGGAGGCUCCCGGGAACUCAGAAUUUGCAAUAACCCUUCAGGGUCCUGCCCCAGGCUGCGGAACUGGCACAGAGGGGGCCUCAAGCUCUGACCUGGCACCUGCGCUCCCCAGCCUGGGUUCGCUUUCUCAAAGGACAAAUGAUGGUACCAGAAUCUGCCAAAGAUCCCCUCUUGCCUCAGCCCCCCGUUGCAGGGGCCUUGGGGGCUGAGGAGAGCCACCUCCGGAGUGGGGGAGCAGCUCAGGCGGUGUACUUCUCAAAUCCCACUCCCCCGCAAUUUUGUUAUUACUUUGUUCAAGGGCCAGAGACCUCAAGUGUCAGCUUUGAGGUCCCAACCCCAUCCCCUGAUCUCCAUAGUGACUGCUUCAUCGCCAUGGUCACAUACCCAUGGCUGUGACUCUGUGGCUCCGCCCAUGCUUCAACCGUGGGCCCAUUUGAGGGUACGUACCGCCAUCUCUCCAGCUGGGGGGGGAGGGGAAGAGACCAAACCCCCCCCUCCCUGCCGGCCCCCCAGUCCAGCCCUCUCCUUCCACUCGUGCCUUGCUUAGAGCCAGAAGGGACGAAGCUCGGACAUCCAGAGACUGGAGGAGGAGGGCAGCGGCUGCGAGAGGCGGCUAGACGGGUUCUGUACGGGCUGAGUGUCUAACGGGUGGAGGGCUGCUCAGAUGCCCCAGGGGGAGCCUGAGCAGGAGAGGAGGCAGCAGAGCGAGAGGACCCUGAGGUCUGGCUGCCCUCCCUUCAGCCUCGGAAGGGUGACAGAAAUGGGGAGCAGAGGACCAGGCCACCAGCUGUCUGGCCUCGGCCCUUCAUGCCUUAACACUAAGCCCACCUCCCUGCCCACCACUGGGCCAUGGCUGCUGGGCCCCGGGCUGGGUGAUUUUCAGUAUUUGUAAGCAUCUCAACAGAACAAUAAAGCAUUUGGAGUAUG